UGCUUCCACCGUGUACUCUCUUUCCCCUUCUGCCUCUUCAUUCUUUCAUUUGCAGCAUUCCAGCUAAAAUGGCUUAUCAAUCCUCCGUAAAGAUCCAGAGGAAAGGCUUCAGUAAUUCAUCUGCCGUCAUUCCUGGUUCAUGCCGUACCAGUUUCAGCUCCAGCGCUGUAUCCAGAACUGGAGGCUGCGGCGUUGGUGGUGGUUUGGGUAGAGUUGUUGGCGGCAGCAGCUUUGGCAGCCGAAGCCUAUACAGCCUAGGUGGAUCUAAGAGGAUCUCAGUUGUUGGCGGUGGUGCCUGUUAUGCCAGUGGCAUUGGGGGUGGAUAUGGGUUCGGUGGUGGCGCUGGUGGUGGAUACGGGCUUGGUGGCGGAAACUUUGGGUUCGUCGGAACUGGAUAUGGAGGCAGCAGAAGUGGCGCUGGUUUCCCAGUUUGCCCACCUGGUGGAAUCCAAGAAGUGACUAUCAAUCAGAACCUGCUGGCACCUCUCCACCUGGACAUUGACCCCAGCAUCCAAAGAGUCCGUAAAGAGGAGGGGGAGCAGAUCAAGACACUCAACAACAAAUUUGCCUCCUUCAUAGAUAAGGUGCGUUUCCUUGAACAACAGAAUAAAGUCUUGGAAACUAAAUGGUCGCUGCUUCAGGAACAAGGCCAGAAAAUUGUUAGAAAAAACACUGAACCACUCUUUGAGGGUUACAUCAACAACCUCAGGAAGCAGCUGAAUAACCUGGAGAAUGAGAGAGCAAGACUGGAUGGAGAAAUGAAUAACAUGCAGAAUCUUGUUGAGGACUACAAGACCAAAUAUGAAGAUGAGAUCAACAGGCGUACAGCUGCAGAGAAUGACUUUGUAACCCUUAAAAAGGAUGUGGAUGGUGCCUACAUGAACAAAGUAGAACUAGAGGCCAGGACAGAUUCCUUGAGAGAUGAGCUCUGCUUCCUCAAAGCCCUGUAUCAAGAGGAACUUGACCAAAUGCAAGCCCAAGUCACCGAUACUUCUGUGGUUCUCUCCAUGGACAACAACCGCAACUUGGACCUCGAUAGCAUCAUUGCUGAAGUCAAAAGUCAGUAUGAAGACAUUGCAAACAGGAGCAGAGUUGAGGCUGAAUCCUGGUACCAAAGCAAGUAUGAAGAGCUCCAGGCUACUGCUGGAAGGCAUGGUGAUGACCUCCGCAACACCAAGCAUGAGAUUACCGAAAUCAACCGACAUAUCCAGAGACUGCGAGCUGAAAUUGACAAUGUGAAGAAGCAGUGUGCCAAUCUGCAGGCAGCCAUUGCUGAGGCAGAAGAACGUGGCGAGCUGGCCCUCAAGGAUGCAAGGCAGAAAUUGAACGAGUUGGAAGAUGCUCUUCAGAGAGCCAAGCAGGACAUGGCUCGGCAGCUGAAGGAUUACCAGGAUCUGAUGAACACCAAGCUGGCCCUGGAUAUUGAGAUUGCCACUUACAGGAAGCUCCUGGAAGGAGAGGAAUGCAGGCUGGGAAAUGAUGGAGCCAAUGCAGUCAACAUCUCGGUUGUGUCUUCGACCAUGAAUCGCGGUGGUGCUGCCUGCUACGGAGGUGGAAACAGCCUCAGCCUGGGAGGAGGAAGUGGAUUUGGCAUGGGAGCAGGAUGCGUAGGCCUUGGGGGCGGACUUGGUGUCGGAGGAGGCGGCUUCAGUUCCGGAAGCGGAAGAGGCAUCGGAGGAGGGGUGAGCCUCGGGGGCGGCAGCUGCUCCGGCAUGAAAUUUGUUUCGAGCUCCUCUUCUCAAAGAAGCUGCAGGAAGUAAACUGCUAUCUCCCUCAGUCUCUUCCAAUGAAAUCUCUGCCGGUUUCUGACACUGUACUGGGUCUCACUAAUGUCCGUCAUGCUACAGAGAAACAUCUGCUCCUACAGCGUUAAUUGCUUUGGUAAACAUCUAGCUUGUUUCAUCAUACUUGGCAUUACUCCCCCCCAAGCUCUGCUUUACAGACAUUCCAGAUUGUAUCAAGGCCUGCCUUGAUCAUAUUUUGCACUCAUGUGCAACCUGCCCCCUUUCUUUUCCUCAGAGCACUUCCAAAUUUUGUAUAAAUCAGACCACUAUUUGUUUGUUCUUGGUUAAGUUGUUUGAAUUCUCCUUUCACUUUUUUUUGGUG